AUGACUGACCCAUCGACGAUGCGAAUGUCGAUAAACCACCGUGAACGAUGCCGAAUGCACGAUCUGAACGAGGCGCUCGAUGAUUUGAGAGCCGUCAUCCCGUACGCUCACGGCAGUUCGGUGCGAAAAUUGAGCAAGAUCGCGACGUUGCUGCUGGCCAAGAACCACAUACUCAUGCAGGCCAGUGCCAUCGACGAGUUGCGGGUGGUUGUGGAGCAGUUGAAAAAGGAUCUCGAGCAACGAGGCACAAAAUCGACGGCCAGCACCGACAGCGAA